ACAUCACUGGUCGUCUCUCCACGUGUACCGGAAAAUGAAUGAAGAUCCUUAAAAACACGCCGGAGUUAACCGAGCCACCAUUUUUUUUUUCCAAAUCUGCCAGAGUCUGUGCCAUGUCCACCAUGCCUCCCCAAUUCCCUCUGGAGAUCCGCUCAGCUCUUCGCCGGGCUUCCUCCACCGUAUAUUGCCACCGCUCCAUCAGCACCGUCACUCCUCCUCCGUUUCGUCACCGUACGACGUUGUUUCGACCGAGAGCUUUCUCUUCUUCCUCUGUUAAGCUCCCCACGAAACCUUCUCUUUGCACCGCCGACGAGCUUCAUUACGUCUCUGUUCCUAACAGCGAUUGGCGUCUCGCUCUCUGGCGUUACUUGCCUCCUCCUCAGGCUCCGACGAGGAAUCAUCCGUUGUUGCUGUUGUCUGGAGUAGGAACUAAUGCCAUUGGAUAUGAUUUAUCUCCUGGUUGCUCUUUUGCAAGACAUAUGUCUGGUCAGGGAUUUGAGACCUGGAUUCUCGAGGUUCGUGGAGCUGGAUUGAGUACACGAGUAUCUGAUCUUAAGGAUGUUGAGGAAUCUGCUCAUGAAUUGUCGAAUCGGAUAGAAUCUACUGCUAAAGCUGCUGCAGGUAAAGAAUCUUGUUCCGAGGAAAAGCAGGCUACUGAUAUCGUGGACAGUAGUGCACCAGCGUCGGAUGUUUCAGUUGUUGGCGAAGCCUCGGCUUGGGAUGAGUCACAACUUGUGGCAAGAUUGACAUCGACUUUCAUGCGUUUGUCAGAAAGACUUUCUGGCUUUCUCAGUGAAGGUCAGUCAGUGUUCAUGUCUGCUAAGUUAUUUGACAAAAUUGCAAUGCUUGUAGAUGAUACACAGCUGUACGAGCGCGUUAAUGAGAUAAGAUCCAAGCUUUUGAGUUUGAUUGAGUCAAGGCAAAACUCAGGACUUGUUAACCAAAUCAGAGAUUUGGCCCAGCGCCUUGUGAAUCUUUUCGAUGAUGGUCAAAGGUCUGUCUCGCCUCCGCUGAUUGAUUUACAAGAACGCCUCACUGCGACCAUAGAAGAUUUUCAGAAGCAACUCGAUUUGAUAGUUAAAUAUGACUGGGAUUUUGAUCACUACCUGGAGGAGGAUGUCCCUGCUGCGAUUGAGUAUGUUAGAGCGCAAAGCAAGCCCAAGGAUGGCAAACUAUUCGCAAUUGGGCACUCCAUGGGGGGUAUCCUACUCUAUGCAAUGCUGUCACGUUGUGCUUUUGAAGGACGAGAACCUUCUGUGGUAGCUGUGGCAACUCUGGCAUCAUCGGUUGAUUACACAACCUCAGAUUCUGCACUCAAAUUGCUCAUACCUCUUGCCAAUCCUGCAGAAGCUCUGAGUGUUCCAGUUGUUCCGCUGGGCGCUCUGUUGGCUGCCGCUUUUCCUCUUUCGACACGUCCUCCAUAUGUAUUAUCUUGGCUUAAUGAUUUGAUAUCAUCAACAGAUAUGAUGCACCCUGAAAUGUUAGAAAAGCUUGUCUUGAAUAACUUCUGUACCAUACCUGCAAAACUACUUAUUCAGCUGACAACGGCCUUUCGAGAGGGAGGCUUACGUGAUCGUAGUGGUAAAUUUUACUACAAGGAUCAUCUUCCCAGAACCAGUGUCCCUGUCUUAGCUCUUGCAGGUGAUCGGGACUUAAUCUGUCCCCCUGCGGCUGUGGAAGACACUGUUAAGCUGUUUCCCGAGAACUUGGUCACUUAUAAGUUACUUGGAGAACAGGACGGACCACAUUACGCACACUAUGAUUUGGUUGGAGGACGACUGGUUUUUGUGUUAGCUGACCAGAAAUAUUGCAGAAAUGUAUGUGUUACAAAAUCUGAACCUGUGGUGACCUCCCCAUCCCUUGCACUUAGUGGCAUCAAACAAACAACAAAAAGACCACAAACUGACCCUUUCCUGGCUGACCCCCACGGUGUUUUCCCAAGUUCUCCCAAGUAUCAUCCAUAUUACCCUCAGAACACAAAGUGUGGUGGCGUAAUCGAUUUAGGUCUCAGCCUGAGAACCAUUCAACAUGAGAUUUACCAUACAUCUGGCCAAAAAUAUUGUAGUAACGAAGGAUACAGACGGAAGUGGGGUUAUGUAAAGGUCACUAUGGAUGGGUUUGUGGUAGGUCGCAAGGUCUGUGUUCUUGAUCAUGGAGGCUAUUCAACUCUUGCUCAUCAACUCGAGGACAUGUUUGGGAUGCAGAGUGUGUCGGGAUUGAGGUUGUUCCAGAUGGAGUCUGAGUUCUGUUUGAUCUACAGAGACGAAGAAGGUAUCUGGAGGAAUGCUGGGGAUGUUCCAUGGAAAGUUCUCAUCGUCUCUCGUCGGACUCUCCGUAAGAACAAGUACGUGGACUUCGUAGGAGAAUACCAUCUCGAUCUCAUUGUCUCCUCCGGUGCCGUCCCUGUCAUCGUGCCUCGUGUCAAUGGGAUCCAUUCUAUGCUCCAGAGCUUCGAGCCCAUCCAUGGUGUCCUCCUCUGCGAAGGAGAAGAUGUAGAUCCUUCUCUCUACGCCGACGCAGAAUCCUCAGGUCUCUCACCGGAAGACAUGGAGGAGAUCAAGAAGGUGCAUGCAGAGGACAUGACCAUCGACCGAGAAAAAGACAGCAUUGAGCUGACUCUGGCUAGACUCUGUCUUGAAAGAAACAUUCCUUUCUUAGGCAUUUGUCGUGGCUCUCAGAUUCUCAACGUUGCCGCAGGUGGAACUCUUUACCAAGACAUCGACAAAGAACUCGGAACUACAACAACGACGACUAAGCAUAUAGAUUAUGACAACUACGAUGGGCACAGGCACGAGGCUAGAAUCGUGGAGGAGACGCCGUUACAUAAGUUGUUCGAGGAGAUGGAGAUAAUGGUGAACUCAUAUCACCAUCAAGGUGUGAAAAGACUGGCGCAACGUUUUGUGCCAAUGGCUUACGCUCCUGAUGGUUUGAUUGAAGGAUUUUAUGAUCCGAAUCGAUAUGAUCCAAAGGAAGGUCAGUUCUUGAUGGGUCUGCAGUUUCACCCUGAGAGGAUGAGGCUUUCAGGCUCUGAUGAGUUUGAUUAUCCGGGCUGCGCUUUAGUUUAUCAGGAGUUUGUGAAAGCUGUGAUUGCAUUUCAAAAGAAACAAGUAAACGCAACACAGAUGGAGAUGAAGAGGAAGACAACCACGAUCGUCAAAAGCUUCUCCCAAGCCGAGUUUCUAGAGGCAAAUACGGUUCUAAGCAAGCAACAAGAGAAUAGGCUACAGCAGAUGGGAGCGACGGUGAGGAACUCAUGUGUGUAUAUGAAAAGGAUGAAAAGGAAAGAGGAGCAAGAGAGAGCAAUGGACAAAUUUUCCGCGGAGCGGUUGUCUGAUCUACUUUCCUUCCACCAUAUGAUGGCUCGUCUUUGCUCCGAUGCCAUCAAGAGGAAACUUCUAGAACCCGAAGCCACAGAUAGGACCAUUGAAUCCUCCUUUUUUCUCAACUAUUAGCUUUUAUUGCAAAAACAGUGUUACACAUAAUAAGAAAACUUUUGACGGUAU